UCGUCCUCGCGGUGAUGGCGGCCACGCUGCGUUCGUUUUAAGAUCGAGCUUCUCUUAUUUUGAAAAAAACUCUAAUAAAAUUAGUUAAUUGUUGAUUUACAACAUAUUAGAAGGAAGUUGGGUCAUCUUGGUCUAACUGUUUCAGGGCUUAGAUCAGGAUGACAAAUGAAGAACCUCUCCCGAAGAAGGUUCGCCUUAGUGAAUCUGACAUGAAGACCCUGACUAGAGAGGAGCUCUGUUCAAGGUGGAAACAACAUGAAGCCUAUGUUCAGGUGCUGGAGGCAAAAUAUGCUGAUUUGAAUUCCAAUGACGUGACUGGUCUAAAAGAAUCUGAGGAGAAGCUAAAGCAGCAACAGCAGGAGUCUGCACGCAGGGAGAACAUUCUGGUGAUGAGGCUAGCCACUAAGGAACAGGAAAUGCAGGAAUGCACAACACAGAUCCAGUAUUUGAAGCAAGUCCAGCAGCCGAGUGCAGCUCAACUCAGAUCCUCCAUGGUGGACCCAGCCAUCAACUUAUUUUUCCUCAAAAUGAAGGCUGAACUGGAACAGACUAAAGACAAACUGGAGCAAGCCCAAAAUGAACUGAGUGCCUGGAAAUUUACACCUGAUAGGUAAACUAAAAUAACUCCCCCCUCCAAACAAAAGUCAAGACUUUCCUGACUCACCCCCUCACUUUCUCCACUGCAGGAGUGCAGAUAAUGGUGGGGGAAGACUGAAAUGCAUUGUUCACAACGAGGCUCAGACUUAAAAGCCAAACGCAAAAGACAUUUUUUUCUCUUGUUCUGUGCUGCUAUUAUCAUACCGUAAUGUAAAAGAGAACAGAACCUGAAAAGACAGUUUGGGUCAGGUGACACUGUUGUUUCAGCUUUCUCUCCCCCCACACCCCCUCAUGGUACAGAGGCCUGAAGGAAUCGGGACUGUUCCUGAAGAGGUGGUCACGGCGGAAACAACCCCUCCUUCCAGCCCCAACAACCCAUGUUAGACAGUUUGCUGUAAUAAAUCGUUGGCUGCCUUUGAGAGAGACUUGAGCAAGGCAUUGGCUCUGGAGCUGAUUGAACUGUAGUUUAAAAAUCACUGAUUGAACAUUUUAAACAUGACCCCCUAUAAAAAGGUUGCACAGGAAUAUCUUUCCUCUUUUACCCCCAUCAAUGUAGAACUCUUAAGACUCUGGGUAAAAAUUUAGAACCAUCAUGUGGGAGGGGGACAUUAGUGUGAUGUAUUACAAUAAGAGGAGUUAACAAUCCUAAGACUCUGGGGGAAGGAGCCUUUGUAAUAAUGUGAUAUUUUGAGGAAAGAGUAAGACCCCAUGGUCUUCAGAGACUUUGGUCAAUGUCCAUUUCACCAGUGCAAGAGACGGUACAGUGUUUAACUUUCCUUUUCUCUUUUUCUUUGUGUUCGUAAUUAUUUUUAUAUUUUGCUUUGUUUCUGUUGUUUGUUCUUGGAAAUGCUCUUUGCACUUACAGCAGUGUGGUUAAAAAGAAUACAUCAAUUGGCUUUCUAUACUUAAGAGCUUAAAACCUGAAGAAUGUCUGAUACACUGCUGCAGAUGCAAUUUUUUUUAUUUCAAUGUGAAUGCUCAUGUGUCUUUAGAGAUAACUAAACAAGCUGUUACAUGUAUGUCUAUGCUGUUUUGUCCUUUGAUGGCAAGUUAGGGAUCCAACAGUUUACAAGAUGUAAGCACUUCUUGGAUUUAGGUUGUUCAUUAAGGACUUUCACACCUUUUUAUUAGCAGGUGUUUUCCCUGUGAAACAUUUUGGUUACAUGGAUGUUCAUUGUCAGUUAUUAAUUUUACCGCAUUUAGUUUAAUGCUUUAGGUGCAGAUGUUGUGCUUGGCUAGUUUUAGAACACAACUUCAGAUACCUCAGCCAAUACAUAAUCUCUCCAUGUUCAUAACAUCUGAUUUCACUUUGACAAUUGGAUGUACUGCACUGAAGAUCACAGGUUUUGUAAUUCACCAGUUUGUUAAAAUAUUUAAAGUUCAGCAGGUAGUAUUUAUGGAAGUUGUUUUUUCUAAGUAGUAGUUAUUAGGCUUGUUUGUUUUGUUAUACUUUCUAAGGUUAAACACUCAAAUAAAUAAUAAUAAUUGGUUCCCAGUAACUUGUACUAAAUAGUAACAGUAGAUUUAUUCAAACCCAACACUUGGUUCACUGUCAAGAGUUUGUACAUAACUGUGCAUAUGGAACACCUAGAAGCAGACUGCUCAUCACCACACAAGAUUUAAUUUGCUAACAUUAAAUGUUUAUUUAAA